CUCUCUUCAGUUUUCUAUCACUACUUGUACUUUUGCUCCUUCUUUCCCUUACAUAGUGCUCUCUCAAACCACUCCAGCUAAGACCUCAAAUAAGAUCCCACUCUAUAAACGCAUAUAGACAGAGUGUGAAGACCCCCAACAAAUACAUAAUUUCUGAGCUAGACGUAUAUAGGGAAGAUACCAACAAAGCAUAUAUAUCCUUUCUUAGCUACAAAGGUAGCGAGUGAAGCAAAUAUAUAGAUCAUCAACAUGGCUGUUGAAGCUGGCCAUCUCAACCUCUUCCACCCUCAACUCAUAGGCAACUGCAACUGGGAAAUGAUGAACCCCAUUGAGUCAAGCAUCAAUCUUUACAACAAUCAGGUGAUAGGUAAUAAUUGUUCACAGCUGCCACUAUCUGGAACCACCACAGCCACAGGGGAGACUCUGUUACCACCGCCAUAUCUAGCAGUAGCAGAUUCUUUUCAUCAGAAAACCGCCGUGAAAUCUGAUAGCUGUCUCACCUACAAUCUUCACUUUCCAAGUAAGCGUUCAAGGGAAAAUUCAAAUUCAACUAACAUCUAUUCCCUCCCAACCACUCAACCUCACAAGAGUUUCAAUUCCUUCUCAUUUCUGGGCCAAGAUAUUACUCUUCAGGUUCAACAACAGCAACUUGACGUUGACAAUCUCAUUGUACAAAACAUGGAAAAGGUGAGAAUGGAGAUACACGAAAAGCGAAAGAGGCAAGCGAAGAGGAUCAUGGAGGCAAUAGAAUUUACCGUUAUGAAGAAGCUGAAGGCGAAAGAGGAUGAGAUAGAGAAGAUUGAGAAACUGAAUUGGGCUUUGGAAGAAAGGGUAAAGUCACUUUGCAUGGAGAAUCAAAUAUGGCGUGACUUGGCACAAACCAACGAAGCCACCGCCAAUGCUUUACGCUCCAACCUCGAGCAAUUGCUGGCGCAACGAGGCGGAAGCUCCGUCGUUGACGGCGGCACCACCGUGCCCUAUGCUGGAGCGGCAGUGAUGGACGAUGCACAAUCCUAUUGUGGCAGCACAGACAGUGAUCAUCAUGAAGAUGGUUACGAGAGUAAUAAUGUGAAAGGGUGGCGCACGUUAGCAGUGUGCGCGGGUGCGAAGGAUAAGGAUGAAGGGGAAGAAGUUGGUGGGGGUGUUGGCUAUAGCAUUGGCAACAGCAGUAGGAGCAGCAGCAGCAGAUUGUGCAGGAACUGUGGGAAAGUGGAGUCGUGUAUGCUGAUUUUGCCGUGCAGGCACCUGUGUCUCUGUACUGUUUGUGGGUCUACCCUACACACUUGUCCUGUCUGUAAAUCCUACAAGACUGCUAGUGUCCAUGUUAACAUGUCCUAAAUGUAGAAAUUAAUUAGGACCUUGAUCAACCCCACAAAAAAGACCUAUAUUUCACAAGAUGGAAAAGUUAAAAUUCCAAAAUAUGUCCAUUUUUUAUUGUCUAUAUGCUUUUUGUUUUACUCUUAUUUUGUUUUGCACAUAUAUAUAA